CCCAGCUGAGGGGUGGAGGCUGACGGCCGAUGCCUUGUUUCCAGCGGAGAGGGAUGGAGGAAGGAAGCAGGGAGUUAGUCAGUGGCUGUCCUCCUUCACUCGGGGUUGCUUUUCUUUUUUUUUUGCUUCCGCACUUGAUGAUCCUCCUUCCUCAUUUUCAUGGCGACACAUCAUCAUCAGCUUUAAAGAUGACCCGGAGAGCCAUUGAUCUGCUGCACGAGGUCUCGUUGAGAAUGAUAAUCUGACAGCAAGCAGUGCUGCUGUAGUGGAGACCAGGACCAGGACCAGGACCCGGAGUCCAGACCCAAAAGGCAGCCAGGCUUGAAUCCACCUACGAACCCCAUGGAGCAGGAUGUGGAGAGCCCGGCCAUCAUCAGACCGCCCAAGCUGCCGAAGCAGGCCCGCGAGGACCUGCCGAAACAGCUGGCGAAAGUGGACCGAAAGAAGAAGAUCCAGCGGUACGUCCAGAAAGAUGGGAAGUGCAACGUCCAUCACGGGAACGUUCGGGAGAGGUACCGCUACCUGACGGACAUUUUCACCACGCUGGUGGAUCUGAAGUGGAGGUUCAACCUCUUCAUCUUCGUGCUGGUGUACACGGUGACGUGGCUCUUCUUCGGCUUCAUGUGGUGGCUUAUCGCGUACCUUCGCGGCGAUCUGGACCACAUAGCGGACAAUCAGUGGACUCCGUGCGUCAAUAACCUCAACGGGUUCGUAUCAGCCUUUCUGUUCUCCAUCGAGACCGAGACAACCAUCGGUUACGGAUACCGAGUCAUCACGGACAAAUGCCCCGAGGGGAUACUUCUGCUUCUAAUUCAGUCAGUGCUGGGAUCCAUCGUGAACGCCUUCAUGGUGGGUUGCAUGUUCGUUAAGAUCUCGCAGCCUAAGAAGCGAGCUGAGACACUAGUGUUUUCCACCAACGCGGUCAUCUCCAUGAGAGACGGGCGGCUGUGCCUGAUGUUCAGAGUCGGAGACCUCAGAAACUCGCACAUCGUGGAGGCGUCGAUCAGGGCCAAGCUCAUCAAGUCUAAGCAGACCAAGGAAGGGGAGUUCAUCCCUUUGAACCAGACGGACAUUAAUGUGGGUUACAACACGGGAGACGACCGGCUCUUCCUGGUGUCGCCGCUCAUCAUCUGCCACGAGAUUAAUCAGAGCAGCCCCUUCUGGGAGAUCUCGCAAGCCCACCUGGCCAAGGAGGAUCUGGAGAUUGUGGUGAUCCUGGAGGGGAUGGUGGAGGCCACAGGGAUGACGUGCCAGGCGAGGAGUUCGUACGUCAGCAGCGAGAUCAAGUGGGGCUACCGCUUCACGCCGGUCCUGACGCUGGAGGACGGCUUCUACGAGGUGGACUACAACAGCUUCCACGACAUCUACGAGACCAACACCCCGCCCUGCAGCGCCAAAGAGCUCGCUGACAUGUUCAACCGCAGCCGCCUGCCCCUAACCUGGUCGCUGGCCAGCAAGCUGAGCCAGCAGGGACUGCCAGAGUCUGAGCAGGAGGGCCAGGAGACCAAGACCGGACCGGACGAGAAGGGGAAGCAGACGGAGAGGAACGGGGACAUUGCCAACGCAGAGAGCGAGUCCAAAGUGUGAGACGUUUGAGGUACCGAAUGAGGACCAAUGAGCACAGUAGACCAAGUAUUCCUGCACCAAGAACCGCUUUUUAUCUCAGUGAUUCUCCCCCGAAAAACAAACUACAACAACCGUGUGGACAUGUGGCCCGCCGCUGAACUGAAACCCUCCGCGGCCGAAGUGCAUGUUUCAAAUAUAAUGUGAUGUCCUCCUGAUGAGAUUCCUAUUAUUUUUUCUAUUAAGAUAUUCCUAGGGGCAUUUGCAUAAGUAUUUUUGUACAUACUAUAAAACGUUUUGAAUUCUUUGUUUUGUUGCGUUGUGAAUAUUUGAAGAUGUUUGAUACUGAUACCUUCUAUAGGUUAGUUCUGUAUAUAUAUAUAUUCUCUGCCUUACUGUAUGUAUAAAGCUUUCAUUAUUUGUUUUUCAGGAACUAUAUUAGCAUGUAUAAACAUUACCGGCGGUUAAUUUAUCUUGUACUUGUUGUAUAUACUGUAUGAUGAUAACGUUAUAAGGAAACACGUACACAUCUCAAUGGAUGCAAACUCUAGUUUAAACCAAUGACAAAUACUUCCCCGAAUGAUAAGGUAGUGCUACGAUACGAUUCCCCUCGAGAAGCCAUGACCCUGCCGUUCGCAGCCGACUGACUUCCGACAACGGCCCUUUAAAAACUGCAUUUCGUCACUUUUGCACAUCGGAGGUGGAGCGAGUUAGUCGCUGUUUCACAUGUCACCGAACAGUAUCAGAAAUAAUAAACAGAAAAUUACAUAAAA